CGGGGGCGGGGGCGUCGGUCAUGUUUCCCUUCGGGCCCGCUAGCCCGGGAGGGGCGGCCGGCGGCGGCGGCGGCGGCGGGGCCGAGGGGCCGGCGCCCGCCCGCUGCCCGGGCCGCGCCCCGGCGCUGUCCCCGGCGCGCGCGGGGGAGCCGGGGGAGCCGGGAGCGGCCGAGGCGCCGGGGCCCGGGGAGCCGUGGACGCCGCCGCCGCCGCCGCCGCGCCGGCCGCCGGGCGCCGGCCUGUUCGGGUGGCUGCGGGAGCGCGGCCUGGGCCGCGGGCCGUGCGUGGACCCGGCGCGGGACAAUUUCCGCGCCAUGACCAACCUCUACGGCUCCAUCCACCCCGCCGACUCGGUGUACCUCAGCACGCGCACCCACGGCGCCGUCUUCAACCUCGAGUACUCGCCCGACGGGUCAGUGCUGACAGUUGCUUGUGAACAGACUGAGGUUCUGCUUUUUGACCCUAUAUCUUCAAAGCACAUAAAAACACUUUCUGAAGCUCAUGAGGACUGUGUUAAUAAUAUCAGAUUUCUUGAUAACCGGCUGUUCGCUACCUGCUCUGAUGACACUACAAUAGCACUAUGGGAUCUGAGAAAAUUGAACACCAAAGUAUGCACUUUACAUGGUCAUACUAGCUGGGUGAAGAACAUCGAAUAUGAUACUAAUACAAGACUGUUAGUAACAUCAGGAUUUGAUGGAAAUGUCAUUAUUUGGGACACCAACAGGUGUACAGAAGAUGGUUGUCCACAUAAGAAAUUCUUUCACACUCGUUUUCUCAUGCGAAUGAGAUUAACACCAGACUGUUCCAAAAUGUUGAUCUCAACGUCCUCUGGGUAUCUCUUGAUUUUGCAUGAUCUUGACUUAACUAAGUCUUUAGAAGUUGGCAGCUAUCCCAUUUUGAGAGCAAGAAGAACUACAUCAAGUUCAGAUCUGACCACUUCAUCAAGUUCAUCUGGUCCUAGAGUCUCUGCUUCGCCUUGUCAUCAUAAUGAUUCUAAUUCGUCUUCUGAGAAACACAUGUCACGAGCCUCACAGAGAGAAGGAGUUUCCCCACGGAACAGUCUUGAAGUCUUAACCCCGGAAGUUCCUGGUGAGCGAGACCGUGGAAACUGCAUCACAUCCUUACAGCUGCACCCAAAAGGCUGGGCCACUCUUCUCCGGUGCUCAAGCAAUACUGAUGACCAGGAGUGGACUUGUGUCUAUGAAUUCCAAGAAGGGGCCCCCGUGCGACCCGUCUCCCCUCGCUGUUCUCUGCGACUGACUCAUUACAUCGAAGAAGCUAACGUAGGCAGGGGCUACAUCAAGGAACUUUGCUUCAGCCCAGAUGGGCGGAUGAUUUCUUCCCCGCACGGCUAUGGGAUUCGCUUGUUGGGAUUUGACAAACAAUGCAGUGAACUUAUUGACUGUUUGCCCAAAGAAGCCAGUGCCCUGCGGGUCAUCCGCUCUCUGUACUCUCACAAUGACGUGGUCCUGACAACGAAAUUCUCUCCAACACAUUGUCAGAUUGCCUCAGGGUGCCUUAGUGGACGGGUUUCUUUGUAUCAGCCAAAGUUUUAGGCACAACAAUACAUCCAAACAAGGAACUGCUCUGGUAUGUGACUUAUAAAUUACUUCAGUUUUAGCCGAAGUAUUUUCUUUGUAGAAGAUCUAAUAAGUUUGGGUCACGAUCCUGGUUCUUGUGGGUCCACGAACGUACAUCCCUGUGAGCUGAGCGCGCGGCCGUGAGGCUUUGUGGGGGCGUCGCCGGGUCGGCCUCCGACACGGCCACGUCUGCAGCAUUCCUGUGCUCCUGCGACCUGGGCCACCGGACCCCAGCUCUCCGGUUCCUCUGCAUGGUGACUCUCGUCAGAUUGACUUCUCUUCAUGACUUUUACCUUUUCGUUGUUGUUUCAGUGUGAAUUUCACGGACGUUUGGCAGGAGUUUAGGUUGUGGUAGUGUUGAAUAAAGCCCAGAGGUUUGAUACCGGCACACUGGCUGUUGAUAAAAGAAAUUUUAUCUUGGCUUCUCAGUACAUUGGGCCUUUACAGUUGCUAUUACAUCUCUUGACAAUGAGCACAGACAAUGGCAUCAUUCUCAUUGCUGUUGGAUAGCCUGGAGACAAAAUGUCUUUUUUUCUGUUGAUAUUGUCAAUUUUUUUUUUCCAGCAAGAGGGAUUCUGUUGUGAAAUUCUAGGGAAAAAAGAUUGCCACCUCUCUGUAAUUUUUUUUAAUGAACUUAAAAACUCCCAGCAUGUAUCCUUACUUGGUAUUUUGAUCCUAUUGACUGUAUUAGAAAGGAAAAGUGGAGAAGGGAUGGACUUUGGUCGUUCCUUUUGUAUAGAAAAUGAUUUAUUUAUUAGAUUAGUACUCUCCCUGGCCUCAGAGUGAUGAGAACAAAGUGACUUAGAUUUCUGUCUUCUCUGCCAGCUUCUUGGACUCAUACCUGGUGAUGUUUUCUAGUCUUGGAUGGAGAGGUAAGUUAGGGAGAAGAGCCUCUGCAACUCAUCUUUCUUCCUGUAUACCCACAGCGCCAGUUUAACUCUCUUUCAUUAGUGAGGGGAGAUGACUCGUGACUUGAAUGUCAAGACCAAGAACAAGAACAAAUCUGAAGCCUUCUGCUGUGCUGUUCUCGGAACACGGUGACUCAGCCAAACUGAGCAGGGCCCCGGCACGGGGCGGAUGGUCUGCUGAGGGGAGCGGCCUUUUUCCAGUCCCCUCGGAGAAGGGCGUUGAGCUCAGAAGGGAUUGCUAGAGUCAACACACACCGCGGGCCACACCUUCCCUCUCAGAUCUCAUUCUCUAAGGCAGGUAGUUCUCAGACAUUAGGGGACAUUCAAAUCAUUGGGAUUCUUGGGGAUCAUUGUGGCGGUUCUAAUUUAAGCUAGGGAGAAAACCAAUCCCAAGUAAUCUUUAUUCCAGUGAUCCUGGCCCACAGUUGGAAAAGUAACACUUAAAAAAAAAAAAACAAACUUUCUGUACCCACCAGGUGCUUAACACAACUCCCAGAAGGUUUUUCUAUCAUUAAAAUUUUUUUAAAUAUAAAUAAGUAAAUGACAGGAGCGGUUAAAGAUAAUGGAAAUGGCCUCAUUUUCAUUAUUUGACCAGUGUGAACAGUGGUUUGCCUGAGGCCCUCCUGUAAAACAGUGGCAGAGUCAGAACAUGAAUUCAAGUCCCCUCAUUCCUUGCUCAGGGCAACUCGUACUGUAUAUACUCUCUUGGUUUAAAACGAUGAUUUUUGAAGAAUUUAGUUGUACUAUCGUGAAUACCCUUUAAAGCAGUAGAUUAAAUAGGAAGGCCUGGAACUAGAUGCUGGGAAUUUCAGCCAUCGGAGGAAAAAACAUUUAAAGAUAUCACAGAAAAAUUUAACCAAGUACAUGAAUAAAAAUGACAUUUUGGGACUAGAGAAGUAGCUUGAUGGGCUGGAGUGCAUGCUUUGCCUGCGGAGGUCUGGUUUGAUCCUUGACACCGCGUGAUUCCCCAGCACCACCGGGAGUAACUCCCAAGCACCAAGUCGGGAGCAGCCUUUGAGCACCAUGGGUUUGGCCCCAAAGUAAGGGGGGUGGGAGGAAUUUUUUAAAAAAAAAGGUAUUUCUUUGUAGGACCUAUUGAAACGACCAUUCACACACAUCUAUAUGGGUGGCGUCUCCCUUGGAACAAUGUGGGCUCUAAGGACAGAAUGUUAAAAAUUAGGUAAUUGUUAAAAAAAAAUUUCCUCAGGAACUGGGGAGAUAGUUUAAGGUUAAGGCAGUACUGUCACUGUAGCGGGCACCAGUAACGGCUCCAUUGUGAGACUUUUUGUUACUGUUUUUGGCAUAUCGAAUACACCACCGGGAGCUUGUCAGGCUCUGUUAUGCGGGCGGGACACUCUCAGCAGCUUGUUGAGCUCUCCGAGAGGGACAGAGGAAUCGAACCCGUGUCAGGAGUAGCCCUAAGCACCACCAGGUGUGGCCCCCAAACUAAAAAUACAUAUAUGUAAUACCACAAAGCACAGUGAAAAACCAGCAGGAAGUACUAUAAAUUUUAAAAAUACAUAUUUAAAAGAAAUAGUUUUGGAGGCAAAAACUAUUUUUUGUUUGUAUAAUUCACAACAAGCAAUUAUUAAAAAUAUGUACUGAUAAAAGAAAAUUUCAUUUUCUGUAUAGAUAAAAAUAAUUUCAUCAAUUGCACCCCUUUAAAGAGGACUUCACAUUACAUGGUGGAUUGACAUGUUCCCCAGCUCGAUAAAUUCAGUCUGAUUCUAGUUCUCGAAUCCCUGUCAGGGAUAUCACGGGUCAGACAGUGCACACACUGUACUGCUAACCCCCCACAAAAUCCUUGCAACGUAAGGGAGCAAGAGAAUGCACUAGUUUUUGAGUAAAAGGAGGGUCAGAAGAUUUCAGUGAUUGGCCUGAAGUCAGAGCGUGGCCAGCUGGUGGCAGCACUGGGACUCAGGCUCGGUCUGUUGUGGUCCAAUGUCUAAUGCUCGCUACUCCAUUUGGCCCUUUAGUUUGUACAUAAACACUGGCCUGUGAUGUACAUGUUUAGAAUCCUCUGGGAGCUCUUUUAUUACAGAGCUGGCUGACCUUCGCCAUGUAAAAGAAUACUUUCAAGAUGGACAGUUCCUACUAGGGUUACUAUCAUAAGCUAUAGGCCGGCCAUACAUAGAGUCUAUCACUAACUGAAAAACCUCAAAGUAUGUAUAAAGGAAGUCAAGGAUAAGUAUGAAAUUAGAGCUCCACAGAUGAGAACUGAAAACUAACAGGGGCUAGGGAUGUGGUUCAGCAGUAAGGGCCUGCCUUGCGGGUGUGGGCCCCCUAGGUUCCAUCCCCAGCACUCCCAAGAAUAAUCAAUAAAAUUGAGAUCUGAUAAACUCAACAUAACGACCUUUGUCCUCUUUGAGCACAUAUAUAUACCACAAAGCACAGUGAGCACCUUCACAAUCAAAAUGUCACCAGAGAAUAGUAAUCAAGGAAUUAAAGGACAUCAGGGAUGCGAUCACAGUGGAAGAGGUUGCAUCUUACAAUUUUGAGGCCCCAUUUCACGUAGAGUAUAAAAAUCUAACCUGAUGUUUUUAUUCAGUCAUUUUUAUUCAUGGUAAUUGGCAAAUGCAUUAUAAUUGGUAAUAUGGUAAACUUAAUAUAAAUUAUACUUCUGUCUUAAAAGGCUUUCUGCAGAACAGUAUGAUAAUGCUAUGUGGAGUGAUUUCAGGAACAUCAAGUGCUAUUUCAUUUUCAGUGGUGAAAUGGAGUGGCUGAGGCGGAAAACAAGUCUAUUUUAGAAACUUAAAACAAGUUUAUUUUAAAAACUCAGAAACCCAAAGAACAGAGACAUUUUGUUAUUUCUUCUAGUUACAUCCCUGAGAAGAGGCUUUACCAAAAAAUUUAGGAAAACAAAGAGGAAAUUCAUUAGGAAAAUAGUGUCACUGUCCUCCUGUUGUCCAUCGAUUUGCUCAAGCGGGCCCAGUAACCUUGUGAGACUUGUUACUAUGGCAUAGCGAAUACUAACAGGAAAAAUUUCAAAAAAGGGCAAAUCACACAUUCCCCACUCCUGCGGAGAGAACCAAGAUGAUGUAUCAAGUUGUUUUCUAGAAAGUGCAAUAUAGGAAAAACACUUAGACCUUUUAGCUGCUUAGCAUUUACCAUACUAGUCGGAAUAUUGGUAUCGGCACCCAUAAGUAUAUCUUAAGCUUGUAUUGAACGCAGGAGACAUAGUCUGAUAACCGAUGACAAUCAUCCCCACUUAAUGACCAGCAGUCACUGAGAGCUUAGGAAAUUCACUCAGUAACAUCCUGUGUUGGUCUUGAAGGAAACCAUAUUAUGUGAAUUUUUGAAUAACUAAUGCAUAUCUCUUAAGUGCCAAAAUUUAAAACUUGUAAUUAUUUUUGAUGCAAGUCUUUCAGACGUUAGUAUACCUCCCUGCCUUCUAUUUAAAUGCAUGUCCAGUGUCAUUCACUUUGUCAUGAUGAAAAAGUAAAAACUAUAUUUAUAAUGAGUUACAAAAACCCAAUGAGCUCUGAUGUGUGUGUAUAUAUAUAAUACUUCAUAAAAUAUAAAGGGCUACACAAAAAUGAAUUAAUAUCAAUUAUUACAAAGUAAUUCUCUUGGCCCUGAGGUACAUAAAUCAUUUGCCUCAGAUAUUGCUGUUUUGUUUUUUUUAAUUAAAAAAAUGUAUAUCUGCCAAAUAGUUUUGUCUCCUACCACCUAAUAAGUAGGCCUGUCUCCAGCUCCUGGAGGCUCCCAUGUCCUGUUAAGUGCUGUGUUCAUCUGUUGUGAGCUGGGGCAUGAGACAGCCACAUCCGAGUUGUGUCUGAAGAGCUGUACAGGCUCUGGGCACGUGUUCUUUGAGACGUUCUUUUGGUUGUUCACUCCUUUCCCACAGCUCACAAUACUUUCUGGACACCAGAAGUUCCCAGCUAAGUCUAGGCUAGAGACUUUUCAGUUGCCACUAAGUAGAAUCUUACAAACUAAGUAUGCUGCUAGAUUAAGGAAUAAAUAGCAAAGUACCAAAGCAACAACAAAGGCUCUGUAUUUGUACAGGGGUCUUUUAUGCUUUCAAAAAACAAAAAACAAAAAAAAAUGAAGAAGAGUGUGGGGGGUGGGGGUGGGGUGGGGGAGAAACACAACAAAAAUAAAAUCUAGACUUUAAAGAGUAUUUUUGAUGUCAUUAAACUUUGUCAAUGACCAUUUAAAUAUAUAAUCAUCUACUAUUACAAAAAUCCCAGUUUAGUUUCAUUGCAAAAUAAAAUUGUAACAAACCUUGUGCCCAAAAAA